AUUAUUUUAGACACAUUUUGUUUCAACAAAGCUGCUCAAAUUGCUACUUCUAAAGACAGAGAUAUUGCAGAAAAACUGGAAGUAUUCUUAGAUGGUGUCAGUAAAGAAGAAGUAUUUGAAGUUUUACAUUCUGCAAAAUAUGACCAAUCAUCUCUCACUGCAGAAGAUAUACUUCGAAAAGAUUUGAAAAAUAUUUUACAUGAUAACAUCAAAAUAGGAAUAAGUGCUGUUCCUUCUCUUUUAAGUACAUUUAAUAAAAAAUUUGAUUUAGAACUUAGUUUAUCAAAGUUCUACAGAGAUAAUAAUUAUAGUGUCUUAAUAGUAAUGAGUUUGAAUAUUGAUAAGAAAACUAUGCACAUAACAAGAGAAAUUGCUGUUUAUUCUGAACUACAUGAUCUUCAUACACAAAUAUGUAAAGCUUUAGAAUCUGAAUCAAGUCUUCAGUUAACAAAUUUAAAUUUUAAUAUUCCUAAUUUAAAAGGAUAUCAUCAAGGAAAUGUAUCAUUAACAAGGAAAUAUGUUCUUCCUUUCAUUAAAGAUGUUAUAAAGAAUAUGUCAAAUAUAUGUUCUGUUAAAAAUACAGAUGAGGAGAAUAAGAAACUUGUGUCUUCAAAUAGCCUUUCUAAAGAAGGAAAUAUAAAAAAUGGUACUUCAUAUCUUCUGGAUGUUACUGGAGAUCCAGUCAGUUCUCAAAGUUCCUCAAAUCAAAAUUCUUGUCCCUAUACUCCUCAAAAUAGUUAUGUAGAAGAUUCUUAUGAACAGGAUUCCGAUCCUCUCACUUUACCUAGCUUUAAUAAUAGAGAUAUGAUUGCAAAGAUAGAGGAAAAAAGAAGUAAACUUGGAGGAUUUGAUGGUGAUUCAGAUUUUUCAGCUGCAAAGAGCAUUCCAUUUACACCAAAAAACAGUGAGAUUAAUAUUUCAAUGAAAUGUCCUGCAGAACAAAAUUCAGAAUCAAGAGUAAUUUUUGAACAGCUACAAGGAAAGAAAGAUAUUCUUAAUCAAUUUUUAGAAGAAUCUAAAUUAAAGAAACAAGAAAAUAUUGAAGAUUCUGGUUACUCAGAAUCAUCUAAUGGAAAAGAAUUAAUUAUUAGUUUAACAGUUAAAUCAGAUCUUAUUAAAGAUAAAGCUGAAAUCGAUGCUGGGAUUAAUUCGGGAAACAUUUCACCAGAUGACUCGGAUACAUUUAAAGACAGUGGAACAGAAAAAGAACAGUCAGACAAUCGUCAAAAUAAAAACAAAUUCAGACCGUUAAAUAAUUUUGAUGGCAAUGAUCCUCUAAUAGCUGCUCACUACCUAGCAGAAACGGUUGAUUUUCCCGAUAGUCCUCAACAUCUAAAACUACUGAAACGCAGGAGUAGAGAAGCACAGGGUAUUACUGAUGAUGAUGAAGAUGAAGAUGACACUUCCACUAUUGCUGUCAUCUCAUUGUCAGAUAAAGAGCACCAAUUGAAAUGUGAUCGUCCCACAACAUUAAAUACAAAUUGUUCUACCACACGAAGGAGAAAGAUAACUGUCAAUCCUGACGUCCUCAGUUCUGACAUGAGAGACGAAGACCAAAAGUCUCUUUCCUCAUUAAGUAACAAGAGUGACGUUGACAUGUUUUCACCAGUAGAUGAUUUGGUCACUCCAGAUGAUAUUGAUACACCAGAUGAUUUAGAUGAUUUUACAUUAGGUAAUGGUUAUUCCGGAAGUGAUCCUAUUCCCGAAUUAUCUGCUACAGAAGAAAUUAUUGAAGAAAGAAACUGGAAAACAUGUUUUGUAGGUGGUUCAGAACGAAAAAUUGAUAUGAAAGUGAUAGAACCUUAUAAAAAAGUUUUAUCACAUGGAGGUUACUUUGGUCCAGAUAGACAUGCCAUUAUAGUUUUUGGAGCUUGUUACUUACCUGAUAGAAGCCGUCAUGAUUAUGAUUACGUGAUGGAUAAUUUAUUCUUAUAUGUGCUGACAACUCUGGAUCAGCUUGUUGCUGAAGAUUAUAUUUUAAUAUAUUUUCACGGUGCUACACGACGUAGUAACAUGCCAAGUUUUGGAUGGUUGAAGCGUUGCUAUCAGAUGAUUGACAGAAGACUCAGGAAAAAUCUAAAAGGAUUGUAUCUUGUCCACCCAACAUUUUGGUUAAAAACUAUAGUCAUAAUGACAAGACCAUUCAUAAGUUCCAAGUUUAGUAGAAAGUUACGUUUUAUCAACAGUCUUCAAGAAUUAUCAGAUUUAAUUCCAAUGGAUCAUGUUAGCAUUCCAGAUAUUGUUAAAAAGUGA